AGUGGACCCGGUGCGGUAACAGUGGGACGGCGGAUUCUGAAACGUAAACAUAAGCGCGAACGGGGUGACGCUACACAUACCACCACACCGGCCUUAAACCGUUGCUAUGCAACAUGCGGUCGGUGGCAUUGGGUGCACAAAAUAGGGAUUAAAUUCCAACAAUUCCUGAUGAUAAAAUAAUCCAAUUCAAAAUGUUUCUAGAAACAUCUUCAUACCCACAUGGAGCAGCGGACAUUAUUCGGCAAGUCACCGAAACCCCGCAAGCGCUUUCUUGUACACCCCACCUGACCGCAUGUACACACACACACAUACACACGUGCCCAAAGACGGCCACCGAAUUUUAUUUUUCAGACUCUUUAUACAAAGUGCCAAAGCAUUUGCCUCGUAAAUCGGUGUACCAACAGUGACCAUGGCAUUGUGCAAUCCGUUCAGUGUUGCCACGGGAGAAUACAAGAACAGUCAGCCGUACUGCCCAGGGGAGCCACUAUUUCCAGCGUAUUCACACGCUGCGGAUAGUAGCACCAACAGCAGCAACAACAACUACAACAGCAACGUGGGUGGUCUUUCUGACUUCAGCUACAACUCCAUCACGACCACCCCCACCGAUGCAAGCAUUAGCACCACUGCUAUCUGCGCCGCCAGCACUCCGCUGUACGAAGGGUCAGUUCGCCGUAAGCUGUUCAAAAAAACGCCCAAACCACAGCAACUCUCCAAGCUGGCCAGUGUGCUGAAACCGUACAGCUCCGGUCUCGCGUUGCACAAUGUACUCAGCCCAGCCAUGCCGGAGAUCACCGUCGCCAAGCAGCGGGAUCUUGAAUUCAAGGCGGAGAUCGUCGUCAAUGCGACCCGCUACGAAGCGAUCGGGCAGAACAAAAAGAUAGCGAAAGCUAAUGUGUCCGAGAUGGUGCUGCGUGACCUUUUUUUGCAACAUUUGUCGGCCCGGGGCGACGAGGAGCAGCAGCUUGACGAAGUCGAGCCAAACUCCUACGAAGCGUUGCUGAUGACGAAUGUGACCUCGUUUGCCGUCCACAAACUGCUUGAGGAGUGGAACGCGAGCCUGCUGGCUGUGAACUGGCAGCCGACCGUUUCGAGCCCGACGGCCGACGGCAUCAAGAUCCGGUCCCAGCUUCCUCCGAAUCCGACCAGCUACGUUCCGACCUCGCUGCUGGUGUUCAUGGUGCCGCAGGCGAAGUUCGAGGAUGAUGGAGUAAAGAUCCUCGGGUCCACGGAUCAGAAGAUCUACAAGGCACGGGCACGGGUGGACGAGCAGUGCUUUUUCGGCACGGGGUCGUCGAAAAAGUUGGCCCGCGUGGCGGCAGCAAAGGACGCGUGCAAGACACUGUUCGGGGUUGAGUACUAGAAUUUGACGAAAUUAUUACCCCCGGAGGUAUUUGGCAGCGAAGUGGAAAGGAAGUGUUUUUUUAGUGUUAGAUACACUAUUAGCCUUCUCGUCUGGAUUACGAAUACGAACUACAGUGACGAAUAAUGUUUAUCGUUAGUUUUUACACCAAAUCCAAACUGAACUGAAAUUCAAUUUAAAUAAAACUUUACCAUCACCUAUGAA